UUAUUGCUCAGAAAUUAGAAAUAAAGGAAUUACAUAUUUAUAUAUUUAUUUAAAACACUAGCCUUGCUUUAAAUGAGCGAAAAAUCAUCAAAUUAAAUCUAAAAUUCAAGAGAAAAGUCAUUUAAUGAAUUUAAUUUAAAUGAAGCUAACAAGAGUAAAGGGAGUAGCUAAUUAAGCAGGAGAAGUAGAGAGGAAUCUAUCUCUAAAUAGUCAUAGCAAGAGAAUAAUAAUUAUUUACAAUAAGGUAGAUAGACAUCAUAGUCUAAUAGAUCACAAGAUCUAUCAAAUUAAGCUAUGAUGCCUCCAUUGAAUUAAGAUAAAAAUGUAGACAGAUAGUUUAUGUAGGAGUUUCAGAAAUUUAAAGCUGACAUUAAGUAUUUAUAAGAUGAAAAUAAUUAAAUUAAAAGUAUGAUGGAGUCAAAAGAUGAGAAAUUAAAAAGGGUUGCUAUGCUGGCCUUAUAGCAAGGUGUCGCUUUAGAGAAAAUGAAAUCAUUUAUUGAAUUUAAAAAUUUUUAAGAUCAUGAGGAUAACAUUAAUAAUAUUAGGUUUUUAUUUGAGUAAGAUUUAUAAUCUAAAGAUCUUUAUCCUGAAAUUGAAGUGAAUUUGGAGAGUCAAAAUUUACUUGGUUUACUUUUAGAAUCUUUUGAAAAGAAAUUGGAUGGAAUAUGGGAUUUGAAAACAAAAGUUUUACAACUUUCAACAAAGAAUGAGAAUGUAAACAAUAAGAUGAGAGCUAUAGAAAGUUAGAUUUAAUAAAUUGCAAAAGAUAUCAGUGAAAGAAUAAAGAGACAAGAGCAUAAUGAAGCUUUAGAAAAUUUAACAGUUUAAAAUAAAUCCAUAAAUAAUAUGCUUAAACUGCUUGCUGACAAAGAAAGUGUUAGAGGUAUUCUAUCUAAGAUUUCUAACAUAGAGAAAUAAGCUAACUUAUGUGUGCUAAGAACAGAGUAUGAUAGCUAAUUGUAAAAGUAAAUUUAAGAAAUGAGAGAUCAAAUCGAAGUGAACUUUGAGUCUCUUUAUCUCAAAAAAUAGGUUUUCCAAAUUGAAAUGAAAAAAUAGCAAUCUACAUUUGAAGAUUUUGUAAAUAUUUGUAAUGAGAGGUAUUAAAAAGCUUCGAAGAAUGAAGAAAAAGUAUCUGAUAAAAUAACAGAUAUUUAUUCAAAGUUCACAUAAAAAGUGGAUUAAAAAGCUUUCAAUAGUUUUAAAGAGUGGUGCAAUUUCUUUGUCCAUAAAGACGAUAUAGAUGACAUAUAUACAAAAAUAUUACCUGUAGUAUCACAGAUGGAAAUUAAAUCAAAAGAAUGUGUAGAAAGUGUCUAGCAAUUUUCUGAGUUUCUUAAAAAGACUGAUGAAGCUAUACUCUUCAGAGCUACAAGAAUGGACCUUGAAAUUUUAUAAAAAGAUGUUUAGACUAAUUUUAUAAGCAAUAACACCCACAAAGAACAAAUUCAAAGUGUUGUAGAAUCAACAAAUGCUCAAAUAUAAGAAAUAAAGCACCUCAUUCAAACAAACAGAAAUGUUAUAGAAUAAAAUCUAAGAGAUAAUAUUCAUAAUGAAAUUGUUGAAGAUCUAAAAGUUGAAGUUUAGAAGUAUUUCUAAAAAUUAGAAAUUAAUAAGCUUGAGCUAACAUUAGAUUCUAUCAAAGAUACUCUCACUAAAAAAGCUGAUCUUUCAGACUUAAUUCAACUUGAUGAAUAGAAAACUCACAAGUAAAAUACUGAAAAAAUAGUUUAAUAUGUGAAUAUGCUACAUAAAUAAUUUAAAUAGUUGAAUUAUUCUUGCCUUUAAUUUAUGAGGACCUUUUUACCAUCCUAAGAAAUAGAAUCUCAAAAUUCUAAAUUAUUUGAAAUGAAUAAAUCAGUCAAUUAAUUGGAAUAGCUUUUCGCAUAAGCUAAUAGUUACAGCAUUUAGAGAUAUUUCAGAUAAAACGGCUAGAAUAAUUCUCCUUCGAGUAGAAACAAUGGGUCAAUAAAAUUAUAUGAUUCGAAUAACAACGAAAUAUUCAUAUACAGCUCUGCAGCAUCUUAACGAAAUUUAAAAGAUUCUUCCCAAAGUAAUAAUUUACCUGUCAAUACCAACAAAGAGUACUAAUAAAAUAAAUAACUAUCAUUCACUUAGAAUAACUACUUUUAGAGCUAAGCUAGUCAUUCUACUUCACCUUUCAAUAAAACGUUUUAAAAAAAUACUGAAGAAACAGGUUUUAGAAAUUAAACUCCUUAGCCGAUAUCAAAGAGAUAUUCGGUUGGGAACUAAUUUAUAAAGCUUAAAAUUUAGAACAUGAAAACCCUUCAAAGCAAUAAAUAAAACCUAUUUUUAAAUGACGAAGACUAAAAUAGUCAGCUUAAAAAGAUAAAUAAAAGUAUAAAUAUUGAUUAUACAGGUUCAGCAACAAUGAAUAGCUUUUAUGAUCCUAAAAAGAGUAAAAAAACAUCAAAUAACUAAGAAGUAAUCAAUUUAAGUAUAUAAAAAUAAAGAUGUCACACAGAAAACUGA